AUGGCGGGCCCACUGUGGCGGCAAUGCCAGAGGUGGCUCGUCGGCCGUGCCGCCGCGACUCUACGUCGGGUGGCGCGGCGGGACUUGCCCGGGUCCGGAGCCGCCGCGGUCGCGUUCGCGGGGCCGACGGCCUGGAAGUCGCGGCUAGCAAACGAGCUGGUGCCAGCUUUACAAUUAAACCAGAAGAUGGAUCAGAGGUCAACGGGCACAUCCUUAUCUCUCGCCAGGCGCAAGUAUCCGGCUUGUUCGUGGAGGAGGAUCCACAGCGACGCCAAACCCAAAGAUCCCUUCACGCUCGCGCAGAAAGACUUGAGCAGUUUAUACGACGACAUUAAAAAGGAAUUGUUCGUGUCCAAAGAGGAGCUCAAGUCUUUAUGCGAUUACUACUUUGACGGAAAGGGCAAAGCCAUUCGUCCCAUGAUCGUCGUCCUGAUGGCGCGCGCCCUCAACAUCCACAGCAACCAAGAAGGAGACUUGCUCCCCGGCCAGCGCGCCGUGGCCAUGAUUUCGGAGAUGAUCCACACGGCCAGCCUCGUGCACGACGACGUCAUCGACGGCUCGGACGAGCGGCGGGGAAAGAGGACCAUCAACGACGUGUGGGGCGAGAAAAAGGCCAUCUUGGCGGGAGAUUUCAUCCUGUCGGCCGCCUCCAUGGCGCUGGCUCGCAUCGGCGACAUCACCGUGGUGAAAGUGUUGGCGCAGGUCAUCGAAGACCUCGUCAGAGGCGAAUUUAUGCAACUGGGCUCCAAGGAGAACGAGAGCGAGCGCUUCAAGCACUACUUGGACAAAACCUUCAAGAAGACGGCGAGCCUGAUCGCCAACAGUUGCAAAGCAGUGUCCAUCCUGGUCAACUCGGACCCCGAUGUCCACGAGAUCGCUUACCAGUAUGGGAGGAACGUCGGCAUCGCAUUUCAGCUAGUGGAUGACGUGCUGGACUUCACGGCGGGCGCUAGCCAGCUGGGGAAACCGUCGGCCGCCGACCUCAAGUUGGGUUUGGCCACGGGGCCCGUCUUGUUCGCUUGUCAGCAGUUUCCGGAGCUGCACGUCAUGAUCAUGAGACGCUUCAGCCGCAAAGGCGACGUGGAGCGAGCGUGGAAAUUUGUCUUACAGAGUGACGGCGUGCAGCAGACCAACUUCCUGGCGCGUCGCUACUGCCAGGAAGCGGUCCGCCACGUCAGCCGACUGCGUCCGUCGCCCGAGAGGGACGCCCUGGUGGCUCUCACUCACAUGGUGCUCACCCGAGACAAGUGA